AUGAAGCUUGUCAUAGGCGGUUCGACUGGCUAUCUAGGUGCCGAAGUUGUGCACCAAGCGCUGAACCACCCACUCAUUACGUCAGUUGUGGCUCUGGCACGUCGCGAAACCCACAUUCCAAAAGGAGUAGACCCUCAGAUUGCGCAGUCCAAAUUCAAGUCUCUCACUUGUUCCGAUUUCAAAGAUUAUCCUCAGGACGUGAGAGCUGAAAUUUCUGACGCAGAUGCUUGUAUUUGGGUUAUUGCGAUCACGCCAGCUAGGUCGAAGACCUACUCUUGGCAAGAAGUCAAUAAGAUCUGUUUCGACUAUGCUGUUUCAGCAGCUGACACCUUUGCAAAAUUUCCACGUGACGGCAAGGAUACACCUUUUCGAUUCUUAUACGUCAGCGGCUUCAAUGCCACACAAGACCCUAGCAAAAAGCCCUGGUUUUUGGGUGAUUAUUGUGUUAUGCGAGGUCGCGUAGAGAAGAGCGUCCUUGAGUGUGCACACAUGUCGAAUGGAAGAAUGCAGGCAUGUGUGGCGAGACCUGGACUAAUUGACCCUGCCAAUAGUGGAAUGAUAAGGCAGGCUUUCCAAGGGAUCGGAAACGCUCUCAUCGGCUUUCCUCGUAUCUCGAUCGUUGACAUGGCAGCCGCACUACUGGAUUCAACUGUGCAUGGUUUCAACAAGGAGAUUCUCUCAAAUGAGGAUCUGACCAUGGCUGGGCAGAAAGCAUUAAAGGCGCUAAAUGAGGCAGAGUAA